CUUUUCCUAAGAUCACCACCGAAUCAGUGAGCAGCUCAUCAACUCAGAGCUCUGCAGUAAACUAGAAUACGCAAACAGCGUGCCAUCUCCUAAGCAGCGCUGGGCAGGUGAGGCGGGGCUACUGACUACCUCCGGGUUACAGAGACCUCACACAAGCGCAGACGCAGGAGAACGACACUCGUCCCGCCCUCUCCUCCACUUUGCAACCUACUGAGUAAGGAGCAGGCAAAAAAGUCACUUCCGGGAAGCUGCAAACACGCUUUCUGCGCUGCAACAUGGAGGCUACCAGCGGAAUCGAUGAACCGGUUUCCGGGGAGCUGGUGUCCGUGGCACAUGCUCUUUCUCUCCCUGCAGAAUCUUAUGGCAAUGAUCCUGAUAUUGAGAUGGCUUGGGCCAUGAGAGCAAUGCAGCAUGCUGAAGUCUAUUACAAGCUUAUUUCAUCAGUUGAUCCCCAGUUCCUGAAGCUCACCAAAGUGGAUGACCAAAUAUACUCUGAGUUCCGGGAAAAUUUUGAGAAACUCAGGAUAGAUGUGUUGGACCCAGAAGAACUCAAGUCAGAAUCAGCUAAGGAGAAAUGGAGGCCAUUUUGCUUGAAGUUUGAUGGAAUCGUAGAAGACUUCAACUAUGGUACUUUGCUGAGACUGGAUUGUUCUCAGGGCUACACUGAGGAGAACACCAUCUUUGCCCCCAGGAUCCAGUUUUUUGCAAUUGAAAUUGCUCGCAACCGGGAAGGCUAUAACAAAGCUGUUUACAUCAGUGUUCAGGACAAAGAAGGAGAGAAAGAAAUCAAUGGAGAAGAGAAUAAAGAGAAAGGAAUUGACAUUGGAGGAGAAGAGAAAGUCAAGAAAGGAGCUGAGAGUGGAGGAGAAAAAGAGGAAGGAGUCAACAGAGGAGAAAAAGGGAAAACUGACAAAGGAGGAGAAAAAGAGAAAAAAGCUGAAGAAGCUGACAGAGAGAUGAACAAAAGUGGUGAAGCAUCUGUGUAAGGUAGACAGGGAACAGCACUCUAGAGGCUGCCACUCAGCUGAGCCUAUAAGUAUCACAGUGCUACUUGCAUAGACCCCUUUGGUUAAAUGAAUGUUCUUGUGAAAUUGAAGGAUUCUCAGAAGGACAUCUUUCUAGCCCAGUAGUCAAGAGCUGCUUUUGUUGUUGCCUUGUAUAAAUUGACUUAAAGACUAUUGGUGAGGUUUUUGUGUAUUGUUGAUAUAUUGUUUCUUGGCUCUCACUCCUGGUCAAGUAAGAAAUUUUGUAAAUAAAUUGCUUUUGGUUUUAAGAUUGUAUGUGACUUUUAAAAGUGUUUAAAAAUAAUUAUGUACUUCAAAUUUUUUUAGGUAUUUAAUCUCAUAAUCAUGUAUUAUAUAAAACAAUUUAUGCCCAUUUCUUAAUUAUGCUCAUUGUUUCCUGUAAUAAAGUUCUCUCAACCUGU